AUGGAAACCAAGACCCCUCAACGCGUUCCGGAGGCGAAUGCUGCAGGUCUCGUCGUUGGCUAUUCGACGGCAUCCAGCAAUGAAGAAGCACGAGCUAAAAGUUCUGAGGUGUUGCUUAUCAUCAAGACGCAGCGGACGUACACUCAAGCAGUGGUGCAAGCAAUAAAGGACAAACAUUCGUAUGAGAUCCCGGAGGUGGUCUUCACUGACGUCGUGGACGGCAACCCAGACUACCUCGAGUGGGUUCGAGCUGUUACCCGAUCGAAGGGCACCUAA